GUUUGAAGCUUUUAAAUCACAUCCUCAAAUUUCACGAGAAGUGAAUAAGAAAGAAGUAGCAUUCACAUUCCUCGCAUUGUUAUUAAUCAUUGAGGACUUCACCAGUCAAUUAAGCAUCAAAUCUAAUUGAGUAUUGAAUUACCCAUUUGAAUUUCACUUAUCACUACAUUCACUUCCAACAUCGUCCUGUUCGGAUCUUUCUCUCUCAAGAUAUUUUGUACGCAGGGACGCGCGUCGCGUGGACUGAAUUUAUUUUCAAGCCCGUCGCCCUCCGUGCUCGGAAACAAUGACCAGCACAUCACAAGCUGCGCCGAAAUUCCCCACGGUACCAGUUGUGGUACCCAAGAUGGAGUUCCCAUCUAAACAAGGCCCCCCGAAGGUCUCGGAAACAAAGCCAAACAAUAGUAAUAUGAUCCCGACCAAUGUCAUCAAGUCCGAGGGUGACAACAUAACUGUCAACACCACAUCAUCCCCGGCAAUACAACAAGACUCCAAUGCAAGCAAGCAAGUCUCUGAGUCGGAAAUGCAGCUCGUAUCAUCUCUCGCAAAGCUCCAGGAAUUGGAGGCUAUGAUUCAUCAAUUGCGGACGCUGCUCCCGGACCGUUUGUUGGAGCCUUUGGUGCCUAUUGUAAAUCCAAAGGCUGCGGCGGGGAGGGCAGUACCGAGGUCGCCGCAGAUGCUGUAUGAGCAGCUUUCGCAAGCUGCGAAGGCUGGUGUCGCCGAGGUGACAGAGUUUCAGAACAUGUGGCGCAGCCCUGAAAUGAACGCUGUGUGGCAACGUGUCGAUGCGCAGAUCAAGGAGAAUGGCGGGCAAUUGUUGCAACCGACCGGUGUUUGGGAUCGGAAUUACGGUACCCUCCUUGAAGAACUUGUCAAAGAGGAAAAUGCCAGGAUGGAGCAGCAUCAGAAGUCUGAGGAGGAGCUCGAGCGUUCGAGGAUCCAGUCCACUGAAGGGGGUUGGAGGGCGAUUGUCGACAGCUUCGUCCAGAAGAAUGUGCCUGGAGUGCGAAUCUUGCCGAGUAAAACUGAGACGGCUAUCACUGUUGUCCUACCAAAGGCCGGUAUGACAUUCAAGGUACAUACGGUCGGUGGAUCAGAGGUGAACGGCGUGCCUGAAUGGCAGGUCUCGAACCGAACGAUGCCUGGUCAAGCUAAGACGAAACUCGAGAGCGCAGCAUCCGAUUAUUUGAACUCUCGUUCGCGACAGUGGGACCUCGCCUAUCUUCUUGACAUGAUAUCAUCAUACUCUGAUGUUAAACAAACACCCUGCAUAAAGUGCGGCAAGAUGACAGACAACGCAGCACAACUACCGGCCAUUCGGCAACAGAAGCAGCUCUCUGUGCCCCAGCAAUCACCAAUCUGGGAAGCUUAUCACCCAAGCUGUAUCUGAUUAUUCGACCCUCAUCAUAUCAAUAGC